AGUCGGUCGCGCGUGGUGGUUGGUAACGUGAUUGUGGUGAUCGGCCGGUGAACGUGAGCGUCGUGUGCGUGCCGCAUAAGCAAGGAGAGAACGAUGGCGAGCCACGACGGUGUUGGCAUCGGUGACUUUGUACUGCUGGAUGAGAUCACUGUCGAUCGCGCGGUGGAGAACCUUAAAACAAGAUUCAACGGAGGGAAGAUUUAUACGUACAUCGGCGAAGUGUGCGUGAGCGUGAAUCCUUACAGAACCACCAAUAUUUACGAUGAAAGCCACAUUGUUAAAUACAAAGAUAGAGAACUGUUCGAAAAUCCACCGCACAUCUUCGCGAUUGCGGACGCGGUGCAUAAAGAGAUGAAGCAGCAGGGAAGAGACACCUGUAUAGUGAUAAGCGGCGAGUCGGGCUCCGGUAAAACGGAGGCUAGCAAAAUUAUUAUGAAGUAUAUCGCUGCUGUAACCAAUCUGAGCGGCCAGCAAGAGAUCGAGAGAGUGAAGAAUAUCCUCAUUCAAUCAAACUCGAUAUUGGAGGCGUUCGGCAAUGCCAAGACGAACAGGAACGACAACUCGUCACGAUUCGGAAAGUACAUGGAUAUUAAUUUCGAUUUCAAAGGCGAUCCCGUCGGUGGCCACGUGACCAAUUAUCUCCUCGAGAAAUCGCGGGUGGUCUAUCAGCAAAAGGGAGAACGCAAUUUUCACUGCUUCUAUCAGUUGCUAAGUGGCUGCAACGAAGUCGAACUGAACAAACUACGUCUAGUCCGCGACCCGGCCGCUUAUUACUUCAUCGGCAACAGCAAAAUAACCAGCUCCGACAGAGGCGAUUAUAAAGCCAUUUGCACCGCCAUGUCCAGCCUUGGAUUCUCCCCAAACGAAGUGCAGACCAUAUGGAAUAUCGUCGCUGGUGUUCUGCAUUUGGGCAAUGUCACCUUCCGAUUGGACGACGACAAGCUUUUAAUUGAAAAUAACAGUGCUUUAAACGACACCGCCAAUUUGCUCUCGAUUAGCCCGAAAGAACUGAGCACCGCCCUUUCGCAGAGGGUCAUAGCGGCGGGUGGAGAAGUCAUGCAGAAGACUCAUAAUUUGAUAGAAGCCGAGUAUGGCCGAGACGCUUUGGCGAAGGCUGUAUAUGAGCGAUUGUUCACGUGGAUAGUAUCGCGCGUCAACGGUUCUAUCAACGUAAACGACAGCGACAGGGUGAAGAGAUACGGCACGUUGAUUGGCGUGCUGGACAUUUAUGGCUUCGAGAUUUUCGACAUGAACAGCUUUGAACAGUUUUGCAUCAACUAUUGUAAUGAAAAGUUGCAACAGCUUUUUAUCGAGUUGGUUCUGAAACAAGAGCAAGAGGAAUAUCAGAAGGAAGGGAUAGCUUGGCAAAACAUUGAAUAUUUCAACAAUCAGAUUAUCUGCGACUUGGUUGAACAAACUCACAAGGGAAUGAUAGCGAUCAUGGACGAAGCUUGCCUCAACGUUGGCAAAGUUACCGAUGAGAUGCUCCUCGACGCGAUGGAUAAGAAAUUGGCGGGCCAUAGACACUACACCUCUCGACAAUUAAAACCUAUGGAUAAAGAGCUGCAGCAUAGAACGGAGUUCAAAAUCAAGCAUUAUGCCGGCGACGUGAUUUAUAAUAUUAACGGCUUCCUCGACAAGAACAAAGACACGCUCUUCCAAGACUUCAAACGGCUGCUCUAUAAAAGCAAUAAUUCAAUAAUUAGUGAAAUGUGGCCUGAGGGCGCGCAGAAUAUUUUGAAGACGACAAAGAGGCCUUUAACCGCUGGCACGAUGUUCCGCAAUUCUAUGAUCGCGCUGGUGAAAAAUCUAACAAGUAAAGAACCGUUUUAUGUCAGAUGCAUAAAACCCAACGAAGUGAAAUCUCCUGUCGUGUUCGAUAACGAGAGGGUGAAUCAUCAAGUGAGAUACUUGGGACUCGUGGAGAACAUAUUGGUGAGACGAGCUGGUUUUGUGUACAGACAACGAUACGACAGAUUCUUGAAAAGGUACAAAAUGAUAUCUCAGUACACGUGGCCAAACUUCCGAGGCACUAAUGAGAAGGAUGGAGUGCGCACAUUAAUGGAUGAGAAAGGUUUUUCUAACGACGUUAAGUACGGUCACACGAAGAUAUUCAUUCGCUCGCCGCAAACUCUAUUUGCGUUGGAAAAGGCUCGCAGUGAUCUGAUACCGGGCAUCGUGAUUCUCUUGCAAAAGCAGUGGCGAGGAUAUCUCUGCCGUCAAAGGUACAAGAAGAUGAGAGCCGCGCUGGUUCUAAUGUAUUACUACAGAAGAUACAAACAGCGCGCUUACAUCAAUGAACUCGCGCGGAUUUUCAAGAACGCCAAGAACAUGCGGGAUUACGGCAAACAUUUAGCAUGGCCGCGUGAAAAUUUCGCCGUGAGAUACGUGGUCCCUGCCUUGAAGAACAUGUAUGCGAGAUGGUGGGCGUGGAUGGUGCUUCGCGUGAUUCCUCGCGAGGACUGGCCACAGCUUCGAUUAAAGAUGGCAGCCGGCGCCGUGCUGCGCUCGAAACGAUCUUACUGGGGCCAAGAUCGUCGCUGGGAGGGAAACUACUUAUCCAAGCCGGAUGAAAAUCCUCAGAGCGACAUUUUCAACUCCUCGAUAAACAAUCUUCGAAACACCGACCACUUCAAGGCUGUUCUGUUCAGCGCAUUUAUCAGGAAGACCAACAGGUUUAAUAAGACAGCGGACCGCGUUCUGGUGGUAACGGAGCAUGCCGUGUACAAACUGGACGACGUGAAGUUCAAGAACAUGAAGAAAGGCAUGCCAAUAGCGGAAAUCACUGGCCUGAGCGUUUCACCUGAGAAGGAUCAGCUUAUCACGAUUCAUUCAAAUCGCGGAAACGAUUUCAUUCUAUCGAUCACCGCGAAAGACGAUAGAAUCGGAGAGCUAGUUGGCAUUCUAAGCAAUCGAUAUUACCAGCAACGCGGCACCGAUCUGCACGUCACGGUAGACGUAAAAUUCAAGUGCAUGUUGGGUAACAAGAGCAGACUAUUGCGCAUCGAAGUGAUGCCUGACGUGAGCGAGCCCACGUUCAAGAAAGACGGUAAUCAAAUCAUCUACGCCAUUCCACCGUCGGUGAGUAUCAUCGACGGUAGCGUUAAUACAAGACAACAAAUCCGUACGGCCAGUUAAAAGUCUGACGAGUUAUCCGAGACUGUGUACCAUAAUUGAAUAUACAUGUUUUAAUUACUUACUCUCGUUAGCGUGUACUCUGCCAUAACGGUACUAUUAUGCUUUAACGAUUCCACAAAUCACAUUGUGCGCUUAUUUCGCAUUUGAAAGUUUUCCGGUUAAAAUCAGUUAUUCUAUAUAAUCAGGGCUGAGCAAAAUGUAUUUCAAAUACAAUAAACUAUUUGAAAUACAAAAUG